UGAUGCGGUCCUUCCUCCGACACAUAACUCAGCAAGAGCCGAGCUCCGCCUCCAGCAACAUUGAUCUCGAGCAACGCAUCUGCAACUACAAGCCCGCUCACUGCAAACUACACCUGACUUGUUUUAUCUUCAACUUUGUUCCCCUUUUCCACCGAACAUAGGACCCGCCAACAUGCCUCUCGUCGUCCCCGGAAUCACGCAGACGAACUCUGCCGACAAGACCACCGAGUGGACCAACAAGCUCGUCGGCAAGAAGAUUGAGGACUCGGACCACUCUGAGACGGUGUUCUGCAAGAGAGACCUCCCCGAGAAGUGCCGCGUCAUUCAGCCCGGCCAGGUCGUGACGAUGGACUACGUCGAGGACCGCCUCAACGUCAAGGUUGCCGAGGACGGGACCGUUGCCACCGUGUACCACGGCUGAAGGAGCCAAUCUACAGUCGAAGAUUGACAGAAUGCUGGGACCUGGACGGCAUUGAGGAGGGGGUGGGUGUAGAUACGCCUUGGCAGGGCGGGCGACGGCUCAACUUUUUAUGGUAAGGAAAGAUCGCGGACUAGGGGUGUUUACUAGAGAUUCUAGUUACUAGGAGAGGUGAAGAGCACAGCACACACAUCUGAACACUAAAGACCUAAAACCUAUUACGAUUUCACUAGGGCCAAGUGGGCGACGCGCUGGAUGGUGAUGUUCACAACCAAUAGGGCAGGCAGGCUUGCCUGAUUG